AUGGCUAGUGUGGACAGGGCAGCACCACGGGAGACCAGCCGGGGGCCUGAAGGCCUGGUCUCCUCCCAAGGCCUGACGCAGGACUGGCACCAGAGGAUUUUCGUAAACCGAAGCCUGGCACUGGGGAAGAUUCGUUGCUUUGGCUUCGACAUGGACUACACUCUGGCUGCCUACAAGUCCCCGGCAUACGAGGCGCUGGCCUUCGAGCUGCUGCUGGAGCGCCUGGUGUGCAUCGGGUACCCGCACGAGAUCCUGCGCUACACCUACGACCCGGCCUUCCCCACCAGGGGGCUGGUGUUUGAUGCGCUCUACGGGAACCUGCUGAAGGUGGACGCCCACGGGAACGUGCUGCUGGGUGCCCACGGCUUCACCUUCCUCUCGGAGGCAGAGAUCUGGAGCUUCUACCCCAGCAAGUUCAUUCAGAGGGAUGACCUGCAGCGGUUCCACGUCCUCAACACGCUCUUCAACCUGCCUGAAACCUACCUCUACGCCUGCCUGGUGGACUUCUUCUCUGGCUGCUCCCGCUACACCAACUGUGACACUGGCUAUCAGCAUGGGAACCUCUUCAUGUCCUUCCGAAGCCUCUUCCAGGAUGUGACUGAGGCCAUGAAUAACAUCCACCAGUCGGGCUGUCUCAAGGAGAAGACCCUGGAGAACUUGGAGAAAUACGUGGAGAAGGACGCACGAAUCCCCGUACUGCUGGGCAAGAUGAAGGAGGUUGGCAAAGUGUUUCUGGCCACCAACAGCAGCUACGACUACACCGAUGCCAUCAUGACCUACUUGUUUGGUGUCAGUGAGGCUGCAGCCCCAGCCAGGCCCUGGAGGUCCUUCUUCGACCUGAUUGUGGUGGACACGCAGAAGCCGCGCUUCUUUGCGGAGGGGACGGUCUUGAGGCAGGUCAACACGGACUCAGGGAAGCUCCGCGUGGGCACCUACACUGGGCCCCAUCAGCACUGUGCAGUCUACUCGGGAGGCUCGUCGGAUGUGGUGUGCGAGCUGCUUGGGGUGCGGGGGAAGGACAUCCUGUACAUUGGGGACCACAUCUUUGGGGACAUUCUCAAGUCCAAGAAGCGGCAGGGCUGGCGGACUUGCCUGGUGGUUCCUGAGUUGUCCUGGGAGCUGGACAUCUGGGCCCGGGAGAAGGAGCGGUUGGAGCGGCUGAAGAGGCUGGACACGUGCCUGGCGGACCUGUACCAGCACAUGGAUGGGAGCAGUCGUGGGCUGCAAGUCAUCAGCUCCACCAAGACGGAGAUCCAGAGGGUCACCCGUGAGCUGGACCUGCGCUACAGCACCAUGGGCAGCCUGUUCCGCUGUGGUUUCCGCCAGACGCUCUUCUCCAGCCAGCUGAUGCGCUACGCAGACCUCUACACUGCCACCUGCCUCAACUUCCUGCACUACCCGCUCAGCUCGCUGUUCCGUGCGGCCCCGGAGUUGAUGCCACAUGAGUCAGUUGUGGAGCAAGAACGGGCCAGUCUGGCCACCACCGCCUGCCCCCUCCCCUGCAGCCAGACGGAGAAGGGCAAACAGAGAGCUGAGGACCAGGAAGGCUGCAUUCGGGACAACUGAAUCCCAGACACCAGCCAGCAUCAUGAGUCAUCUACUGGAGAUAUUUUUUGGAUAACAGGAGAAAUGUGGAAGAAGGAAAAAGCAAUUGUAUUGAAAUCUCCUAAAUGCAGCAGAUUUAGAGCCCAUGAGCACUUCUUUUAGGGAGGAUGCAUGCAUUAAAACACAAAAAGUCAUACUCAUGAUUGAAAAACUUGAUUCUUUAGUUUGUUAGAAGCUUCUCUGUGGUAUUAAGUCCUGGCCCUUCAUUGUUCUGAUGGCCCUGAUUUUAAUUUACUCCUACAGUUCAUUUUUUGUCUGUCAGUGGUAUCAUCUAGCAUUGUAUGGGACUCAGAAUGAAUGUAUUGUACAUGUUUGAAAUAACAAAGCAAACCCUUGAAGGAAUAGG